UUAUGAUGGUAAGAGGCUUGUGGUGGAGGCAGAAGUGGCUACUGGCCAAAAUUUUCAGUAGGCCGGCAUGCGUUGCUGGCUGUGCUGAUAACAAAAAUAAAACGCUGUUUAUGACACUAAAAGUGAAAGUAAACUCGACUGUGGUUUGAAGAAGGUACGAAGGACGAAAAGCAAGAGUAGUAUGAUACUAUUUAAAAAAAACUAUGGAAAAAAAGGAAAGAAAGAAAUCCACAUCUCCAGAGCCCAGCUGUGUGUCCAUGGGCCGACCCCCUGAAUUUAGUGAUAGACCUGUGUCCGACCCAAGAAAGCAGAUUUCAGUACCAUCUCCAGAGCCCAGCUGUGUGUCUAUGAAGAGUACAAAGUCCAUGGGCCGACCCCCUGAAUUUAGUGAUAGACCUGUGUCUGACCCAAGAAAGGAAGAGAAAUGUGGAAUCUGUGAGCAUGUUCAGAGAGAUCGAGUCACUAUUACCUGUGGACACAGUUUCUGCAGACAUUGCAUCAGCUGUUACUGGGACCGGCCCAGUCAAUCACAAGAAUUUAGUUGUCCCAAAUGCAGAAAGAGAUUUAAAACACGCCCUGUUCUGCAUGCUCAAAAAAGCACGGGACAAUUCGGUUCUUCUGGUUCUGCUCAGCGCAGCAUAGAGCCAACCCAGCUGGAGGAGACUGGAGACCUGCAACUGGAUUCUCAUCAACCAGAUGUUCUGGCAAGGAUUAAAGACCAACACAAGACCAGGAUGAGGAUCAAGUAUGAGAGUUUAUUUGAGGGAAUCAAACUACAAGAGAACAAAACCCUCUUGAACAGGAUUUACACACAACUUUACAUCAUAGAGGGAGAAAGUGAAGGAGUGAAUGAGGAACAUGAGGUUUUACACAUGGAGAAAAGUUACAAGACACGUCAAGAAAACACUUCAAUCAACUGUAAUGACAUCUUUAAACUUUUACCUAAACCAGGAUGUGAGGAAGAGCGAAAGAAAAAUAUAAAGACUGUUCUUACUAAAGGCAUCGCUGGAAUUGGAAAAACGGUUUCUGUGCAGAAGUUUAUUCUGGAAUGGGCAGAGAGAAUAGCCAAUCAGGAUGUAGAUUUCAUGUUUGUGCUUCCAUUUCGAGAGGUGAACUUGAUCAAAGAUGAUCAGUACAGUCUUCACAAACUUCUGCUUGACUUUCAUCCUGAACUUCAAGAUCUGCACCCAAAGUUUUAUGAUGAGUGUAAAGUUGUGUUCAUCUUUGAUGGUCUGGAUGAAAGCAGAAUAGCACUGAAGUUUAAAGACAGUGAAAAAUUUUCUGAAGUGACCCAGAUGUCAUCAGUUGGUGUGUUGAUGUCAAAUCUGAUCAAAGGAGAUCUGCUUCCCUCUGCUCACAUCUGGAUCACCUCCAGACCAGCAGCAGCCAAUCAGAUCCCUCCUGAAUACAUCAACCGUGUGACAGAAAUCCAAGGAUUCAAUGAUCCUCAGAAAGAGGAAUAUUUCAGGAAGAGAAUCAGUGAUGAAUUUCAAGCCAACAAAAUCAUCUCACACAUUAAAAGAGCAAGAAGCCUUCACAUCAUGUGUCACAUACCAGUCUUCUGUUGGAUCUCAUCUACUGUGCUUCAAAACAUCCUGAAACAAGAUCACAGUGCAGAAAUCCCUAAAACUCUGACUGAAAUGUACAUACACUUCCUGCUCAUUCAGAUAAAUAUGAGUAACCAGAAGUAUGAAAGAAAAGAAGUGAGAGAUCCAGCAAAACUUCUGCAGUCCAAUAGAGAAGUAAUUGUGAAACUGGCUGAACUGGCCUAUGAACAGCUGAAGAAGGGCAAUGUGAUGUUUUAUGAGGAGGAGCUGAGUGAAUGUGGGAUAGACAUCACUGACGCCGCAGUGUUUUCUGGGAUCUGCACUGAGAUUAUUAAGGAGGAAUCUGCGAUUCAUCAGAGGAAAAUCUACUGCUUCAUACACCUGAGCUUUCAAGAGUUUCUCGCUGCAUUCUAUGUUUUUUACUGCUUUAUAAAUAAAACUUCUGGGGCUCUGAAAGAGUUUGAUUUACUUGCUAAUCUCCAUAAGGGGGUGAUUAACGCCGCCCUCCGAAGUGAGAACGGACAUCUGGAUCUUUUCCUCAGAUUUCUGUUAGGCAUCUCGCUGGAGUCCAAUCAGAGACUCUUACGAGAUCUACUGAUCCACACAGAGAGCAGUUCAGAGAGCAUCCAGAAAAUCAUUGCUCACAUCAAACACAAAAUCAAAAAUGAGCAUGACAUUUCAGCCGGCAGAUCCAUCAAUCUGUUCCUCUGUCUGCUGGAAAUGAACGAUCAGACUUUGUCUAAGGAAAUUCAAAAGUAUCUGAAAUCAAUGAAAUGCACAGAAAAUAAACUCUCUGCUUCACACUGCUCAACAAUAGCGUACAUACUUCAGGUGUCGGAGAACGUGCUGGAGGAGCUGGAUCUUAUAAAAUACAACACAUCACAGGAGGGUAGAUGGAGGCUUUUACCAGCUGUGAUGAACUGCCGAAAAGCUCUUCUCGCUGGCUGUGAUCUCACUGGUCAGUGUUGUGAAAUUGUGGCUUCAGCUCUACAGUCCUCAGAUUCCCUCCUGAAAGAACUGGACCUGAGUAACAAUGACCUGCAGGAUUCAGGAGUGAAGAUCCUCUGUGAAGGACUCAAGAGUCCAAACUGUAAAUUAGAGAUACUGAGAUUAUCUGGCUGUAUGGUGACAGAUGAAGGAUGUUGUUGUUCGGCUUCAGCUUUGAGGUUAAACCCCUCACACCUGAGAGAGCUGGAUCUGAGCUACAACCACCCGGGAGCCUCAGGAGUAAAGAUGCUCUCUGAAAGACUCAAUGAUCCACACUGCACACUAGAAAAACUCAAUUUAGACCACGGAGGACAUUUCAGGAUCACACCAGGACUACGAAAAUAUAUUUGUCAUCUUACACUGGAUUCAGACACGGCAAACACUCGUCUUCUUCUGUCUGAGAGGGGGAGAAUGGUAAAACGUGUAGAAGAAAAUCAGUCGUAUCCUAAACAUCCAGACAGAUUUGAGGACCAGGAGCAGGUUAUGUGUAAAGAGCGUCUGUCUGGACGCUGUUACUGGGAGGUUAAAUGGACUGUAGGGGCUUACAUAGCAGUCACAUAUAGAGGAAUUAGAAAGAAAGGAGGAAGUGACUGUAGAUUUGGAUGGAAUGAUAAGUCCUGGAGUGUUUUCUGUACUUUUGACAGAUUCAGUGCUUGGCACGAUAAUAAAAACACAGACAUACUUAUCCAGUCAAAGUGUGACAGAGUUGGGGUGUAUCUUGAUGAGCCGGCCGGCAUUCUCUCCUUUUCCGCCAUCUCUGACACACACACACUCACACACAUACAUACAUUUCACACCACAUUCACUGAACCACUCUUUGCUGGGUUUGCCGUUUAUGGUUCAGUGUCUCUGUUAGAUUAGCCCCGCCGCUCCCAUAACGCGCAUCACGCGCUGUGCGUAGGGCACCAGGUGCUGAGAGGUCACCAAAACAAUAGCCUAAUGAAAAAAAAUUAUAAUGCUGAUAGAAUAUUAUUAGGCACUUUUUAUCCAUGUAAAUGUUACAAAAAAGGGGGGACGAGAUAAUUUAAUUGCGCUAGUAUAGAAAGUAUGCCCCACAGCCUUUGAUGGUCCGUGCAGGUUGAUCGCGCGGGCGCCUGACGAAGUUUGACAGAGACUGUUUCUCAAUCUGAAGGCUGCAGCCUCCAGAGGUCGCAUUUCUAGGCUGCAUACAUCAUCAAAACGUUCUUAUUUCGUAAUAUUAACGAUUAUGAAGUUGACCAUUAUUCUUAGUUAAUCGUAAAUUGUUUUAAUAUGCUUAUGACUUGCUAAUGUAAUGUUCAGUUAACUAAAAUAAACCAGGCUUGAUGACGUAUGCAGCCUGCAUAUGAGACCUCGCGCAGGUUGCAGCUUUCGGAUUGAGAAACGGCCAGUAGGCAACUUUUGGAAAUGGCCCGAAAAGACAGCAGGGGUCAGGAUCGGAAAAAGAAAAAAGAUGAAACUGCGGGAUGAUGCCCGUGCAUCACUUGCAGGUAAGUCCAUCAUGUUUAAUCAUUCCUAAAUAAGGGAAAUGCGCAUGGGCUGCAGCUGCUGCUAAUCGUUAUGCGCCUCGAUCUUGCUGUGCUGAUAUUAAUGUUAGCAAACUAUGUUGUUAUAAGUUAUAACUUCAGUGCAAGCUAAAUUGAGAUUUUACUGUAAAACAUUACCUAUGCAUUUUACAAAUAACUGACGGCAGCUGUUACUUUUUUUACUACGUUUUUUAGAUAUUGAGCAGUUAGUUUAUUUUGUGGUUUAUUUUGACGUGACGGUGGUUAAUACUUAGUUAAUGUUAGCAGUCAGUGCACAUGGUAGGCUAACAAUUCCUGACUGUUAAAUAUAUAUAAAUAUAAAAUGUCAUGAUAUGAAGCAAACAUUACUGUGACACUUAGUUCUCUAAAUCUUUGUAAUAUUUAAGAAUUUUGAGUAUUCUUGUUAUUGAUGUUUAUUUAAUGUAAUUUAUUUAAAGUGACAUUGUACUUGGGAAAAACAUGUCUGGAUUAUUUUGAUAAUUUAAGUUUGGUAUUUGUUCUAUUUUGCUAUUCUAUAAAAGUUUGCACUUUCAAAUGUGUAUGUUGACUAAAGCUGUGAAGAUUUUACUUUCUGCUAUUAAGUUAUAUGUUUGGUAAUAAAAAGUUAAACUGGCAAUUAUGCUUAGGGCACCAAAAUGGCUAGCAGCAGCACUGAAUGUAUAUAUUAUAUUAUAUAGUAUAAUCACUAACAACUAAAUCAUUCAUUAUUUUAACAUGAACACAAGUUAUAAUUUAGAUUGUACACUUUCUGUAUUAAUGCUUAUAUGGAUCACAAUGAAAAGUGUGCAGUGAACAGUUUAUCAUAUAUCACUAUUUCUUUUUGACUACACAUUAAGGCAAAUAGUUUUUUUCUGAAUUGAAUUGCUGCCAAGUGCAUCAAAUUUUGUAGAUUAUUUUUGUUUAAAUCGAAAUUGAAUGAAUUUACUUUGCGAAGCGAAUUGAAUCGAAUCAAUUUAUCUUCAUUAUGAAUCGAUUUGAUCAUUAUGAGUUGAGAAGAAAUCUUUUUUUUAUUCAAAUCAAAAACCAAUUAGCUGUCCACCCAAAGAUUAAAUUUUUUUGUCUCUCUCUCUCUUUGACAAAAGUUGUACAUGUAGUUUGUGUUUUCUCCAGAAAAUAGAGGUCAAUAGUGGACAUUUGUUAUCAAUCAUGUUUAGAUAUAUGAUGAUAGUGGGGCUUUUAGGUGGACCUAAGUGUCUCUUUUACUUUUUCUCAGUUUGUAAAUGGUUUUCUGUCUACAGGUGUUAUUUUCCUAAACUAUUUGUGAUUCCUAAGGUGUGUUUAGAAAAUAUAGAUAUUAAAUAUGUGUAAAUAUGUUGAAUAAUCACUGCUUGAACUUUAAAAGUGCUUAAGCUUUAUUAGUUACAGGUGUUUAAUUACUACUUACAAAGAACUUUGUUGCAAAGUUUUCUAGAAAAUACGUAUUAAUGUUUUAUAAGGUAUCCUUAUAUCAGGACUUUAUCUGCAUUAUCCUCAUGCAUUUCACAACUAUGAUAAGCAUUGACUUGGAAGUUUAACUGCCAAUUAGUUAUGAAUGGAUCACAAUGUGUAUGUGAGAUAUGGCUUGUUUACAGAAAGGGUUGGAAGGCACUUUUUGUAAAACUGCUUUGAAUCAAUAUGUUUUUUCAGAAAAACCAAAAGACCCAGAGAUUGCUUUUUACAUCUUUGCAUAAGUCCCUCCCCAAAAUCAUAAAUCAAAAACAUUUUUAUUUGUUUUUAAAGGAUUUUUAACAAUGUAUGUUUUUUACGUUUUUUUUUUUACAGAAAAUAAAUUCACUGCUUAAAAAUGCACUUAAAGAGAUAUAUACUAACUAAAAAAAUAAAUAAAAGGAAAAUAUA